GUUCAGUGGACAGCAAUUCUCACCCACUGGACAUAACCACUGGACUCCAGGAACAGAGACCCAAACUGUGAGUGUGCAAACUACACCAAACCCAAUCCAUAAAAUGGAUGAAGCUGCAAGCCAAAGCUUAGAGGAAGAUUUUGAAGGACAGGCCACACACACAGGACCCAAAGGAGUAAUAAAUGAUUGGAGAAAGUUUAAAUUAGAAAGUGAAGAUGGCGAUUCAAUUCCACCCAGCAAGAAGGAAAUCCUCAGACAAAUGUCCUCUCCUCAGAGCAGAGACGACUCAAAAGAAAGAAUGAGCAGAAAGAUGAGCAUUCAAGAAUAUGAACUCAUUCAUCAAGACAAAGAAGAUGAGAGUUGCCUUCGCAAAUACCGGAGACAGUGCAUGCAGGAUAUGCAUCAGAAGCUGAGUUUUGGGCCUAGGUAUGGGUUUGUGUAUGAGCUAGAAACAGGGGAGCAAUUCCUGGAAACCAUCGAGAAGGAGCAGAAGAUCACCACAAUAGUGGUUAACAUUUACGAGGAUGGUGUCAGGGGCUGUGAUGCACUCAACAGCAGCUUAGCGUGCCUUGCAGUGGAGUACCCAAUGGUCAAGUUCUGUAAAAUAAGAGCUUCUAAUACUGGAGCGGGGGACCGCUUUUCCUCAGACGUACUCCCUACCUUGCUGGUAUACAAAGGUGGGGAACUCAUAAGCAAUUUUAUUAGUGUUGCUGAACAAUUUGCUGAAGAAUUUUUUGCUGUGGAUGUGGAGUCUUUCCUAAAUGAAUAUGGAUUACUACCAGAAAGAGAGAUACAUGACCUAGAGCAGACCAACAUGGAAGAUGAGGACAUUGAAUAAGCAUUCACGAUGUCAGUAUCUCAUGUCUAUCCUUUACAGAGUGAACACUGAUUUUUUUUUUUUUGGUAGUAUCUAUAUUCCUUUAGCAAACACUAAAUAUGGUCCUGGCUAUUCAAAUUGGGGGGAGAUACUAAAAUUAUGUAAAUAGCACUUUUUAGUACUAAUUAUUCAAAUUGAGAUAAUAUUAUAUUGCAAAAAUAUUGUGGUUCUUAGCAAAUAACUAGUAAGCAGAGGAGGUACGGGUAAUGUCAAUGUUAGAUCAUUGUAAAAAUCUCUUUCAAGUUCUGUGUUAGAGUUUACUUCUCAUUUUUCCCUUGGCAUUUUUAUUUGGGCUUUUGAAAUGGAAUACUACUUAUAAACUGGUUUGUACGAUAAGAAUAAAAUUCCUAUGAAGAAGCAA